AUAACAGUCAUAACGGAAAAUAUUGUUAUUAACUAAAAAUAGCAUAAUAAAAUACAAUAUAUUAAGUUUUGUGAUUAUGAAUUACUUAAACGAUAUGAGCGAUGAGGAAUUCAUACCUUUCCUUGAUAGCCUCGGUGUUGAUACUUAUAAAAAGUCCUUUGAAUGGAUGUUAAACGAUCCGGACUUUUCUGAUGUUUUGCGAUGGAUUUAUAAAAAUUUGGAUCAAAAUAAUGCGUUAAGUGAGCGGGAGGAGUACAGAUAUGCAGAAUUAGAAGCAAAGGGAAAAUUAUUACCUGCACAUGAGUUGGAGGGUAAAAUUGUAUCUAUUCAAAAUGAAUUUCAAGGAAUUUGCCUACCAGGAGAUCAGGAUACAUUGGAAGAUAUUAAACUUGACAUCAGAAUGCAGAAAGAAAAGUUAAUGAUGUUGGAAAAGCAAGAGAUUAUCCUUAAGGAAUUGACGGCACAGAAUGAAUCAACGAAACAAGAAUUGACAUUGGAACUGACUAAGUUAAACACUGCUCUACAACAAUGUGCAGAAGAUGAAAAGGAAGCCGGUGAGGAGUGCAUACAAUUGGCAGAAGAAGAGGAAUGCAUUUUCAAUGAUGUUAUCCAUAUUAUAGGCGAUGUGUUGAGCAUAUAUGGAAAUUGUGCUGUUGAUAAGGAAUUAGCCAAAAGAUUUUUCACAUUUGGCCCAUUUGAGUCGUACAGACAAUCCCAAGCUCUAUUCAAGUCACACUUUGAUUUGUACACGUCCAAGAAAUUUAACAAGAAGCAAAACGAUAGUAUCAACGAAGAAGACCUAAGAACUGCAUUAGCCGAAGCAAAGAAUAUGGAACGAUGGCUUUCAGAUGCAGUGUGCUCUUACAUAGAAACAAAAGGAGAAUUGUGUGGCGAGCAAGCUAAGUUGCUUCUCAUAUCCAACUAUAAUCAUGUUCAUCCAAGCCAAAUUACUGUAUGUGCGAUGGAAGCCCAGAGUGCUAUAGAGUUGCUGGAACAAGAAGAAUCAAUAUUGGAGCAGCAGCUACAGACUGCUGUUAAACACUAUGUAGACAGACGUACCAGGUUGGCUGUGGAGAUGACUGCCAGAUCUGCAUUGGCUGUUAGAGAGGCGGUGGCGGCGGCGCUGGGCGCGGCGCGCGCGUGGGCGGGGCGCGCGCUGCGGGCGGACGCGUGCGCGUACGGCGCGCUGCGGCGGGAGCUGCGCGCCGCCGAGGAGCUGCUGCACUUCGCUGCCGAGCUUCGCGACCACGCCCUCUCGCGCGCGCCCGCCGCGCUACGCACGAAAUCAAUGAAUGCAAUAUGCGCGGAGCAAGAAGCCGCUGAGAAAGAAUUACAAUCAUCAAAUACUUUACUUGCUACGCUAGUCUCAAUACUUGGUUCAGAGGCCAGUAACAAUGCCUCACUUCCUAUAAAGCUGUACAAUGAGUUACUAAAUAGUAUUCAAGAGUUAAAUGAUAAUAUUAAUGAAGGUUACAAGUCUAAGGAAGCAGAUUUAGCUCAAAUUAAAUCCUCUGCGAAACCAUUGAGAGACUUCAUCUGGGACGGCUGCACGAAGCAACCCAACUGUUACGAUAGAAGUGUUGCCGCUAUGAGCCACUCCCUGAGAGAGGAGAUGAGCGCUGUAGAUGCUAAGGUUGUUAAAACUAGUGGCUUGUUUAAUUCUGUAAAGAAUAGCGACAAAUACAACUUGAGGAAGUUCUGGCAAUGGUUCCUCACAGAUCAAGCGAAGCUACUUUCAACAAUCAAAAGUGUCCAGAGAAGCUAAUUAUAACUAUUAUGUAAAACAUUAUAUAUUAAUAUUAAUUAUAUUUUUAAUAAUCAUGUACCUAAUGUUAUAUUAUAACUUGA